CUCAGUGCCUGCGCCUUUUCCCACUCGCAGCUGACUGUCGCUUUAAGACAACCAUCUCUGGGUGGCUGAUUGAUUUCAUAUUCACCGACGUGUUCGUGGACAAACCUUGUUAGACACAAACGAGAGAGAGAGAGAGAGGGAGAGCAAAGGAAGAGCUCUGCACUGUGUUGCAGGAGAGAGAAAGAGGUGAGCUCAGGUUCUCAGUGCUCCUGAAGAUGAGGACAUCUUGGAGGAUGGACUGCACGCGUUUGGAGUGAAAAGCACCGUUGGGCAUCUUUGGGAAGGGGUUUUCGCACCUUUAUCUGGAUUGGCGACAACAACAAUAUCCCAAUAAAGGAGGAGGAGGAGAGAUGUCGGGAAAACACGGCCUCGACAACUCCAGCCGUCAGACGAUGCAGCCGCCUCCGUACAUCCCGGGUCCGCAGGACCCCAACGUACCUCAGCACCCCAACAUGCCACCCGGCGCCCAGCCCAGCUAUCCAGCGCCGCCUCCGCCCCCGGGCUCAGAGGGAUACCUCCAAGAGACUCAGUUCCAUUGUAACGCAAUGGGACCCCCGGGGCCCCCGCAAGGCUACACGGUCCAGACUCAGGGUCCCGGAGGAACCAUGCCCCAUCCUCCAGUGGGAUACCUCCAUUCCGGGUACCCUCUGCAGCUGCAGCCAUGCACAGCUUACGUUCCUGUCUACCCCAUGGCGUCGGGGCAGCCCUAUAUGCCUGCAACUGGAGGUCACCCAGCGAUGCCACCGGGUCAGAUUCAUCCCAUGCAAAUGCCGCCCAACAUCACCUUAAUGGACCGCCGGCCGCCGCAUGACUACCUGCCCAUCGCGGUGCUCACCACGGUGUGUUGCUUCUGGCCCACUGGCAUCAUUGCCAUCAUCAAAGCGGUACAGGUGCGUACGGCCAUCGCCAGAGGGGACAUGGUGACGGCAGAGAUCGCCUCCCGCGAGGCCCGCAACUUCUCCUUCAUCAGCCUGGCGGUUGGCAUCGCCUCCAUCGUGCUGUGCACCAUCCUCACCGUGGUGGUCAUCAUCGCCUCGCAGCAUCACGAUGACGACUGGGAGCCGUAGCAGGACGGGGGGAGGGGGGGCCGUUAAACAUCAGCUUAGAUAAUUACAUGGAAACAGGAGCACUGAUCAUAUGCACUGUUACUGCUUGCAGCUACACCAGGCUGGUCUCACACACACACACACGCGCGCCCGCACACACAACCAUGUGACCAAACAUGCUGCCAUCAAACACACAUUGACAGCCAAAACAACCAAGCACGCUGGAUGUCCAAAAGCCAAAUACAAACUGUUAUCCACCUUAUAUUUACACUGAGCUUCAAUUCGUUGGUGUCAUGGGAGCAGUGACACAAAGAUUAAGUCACUAAAAUAUACGAAUAUUUAACCAAGUAUACGGUAUAUAUUUACAGUGCAGUAUAUGAGUAUUUUGGGGGUUGGAUUGCUGUGCCAUGUUGAUAAACAGUGUGCUGCUCUUUUAUUAUUGGCGAUGCACUUGUGUUAGAGACUCAAAUUAAGUGUCAUGGGGAGCGGAUCGAUACACAUUUAACACACCAAACCAAAUGUAGGCUAGUUGACAAAGUGGCAACACGACUUUGUUUGGGAGACGUUUUGUAUUUUGCUGUCAAAACAUACAGUAUAUAAUAUGUGUCAGUUUGUGGAUUUCUUGAAAAAGUUAUUUAUUGAUUUAUCUAUCAUGUGCCAGACAUUUACGUUGUGUGAGAAUCGGCUCGAAUUCAAUACCAUACCGUAUUAUCAGGAUUACUAUGAAUCUGAGGUGAGAUGAUGCAGCUUCUUCCGGCCGUCGUUCGCGUCGUGCAUGAUAAUAAAUCAAUUGUUGUGAAGCGGUAUAACAUUUCUAAAAGCAACAUUCUAAAUUGACAUUGAUAGAUUUCGAUAUAUUGUUUUUAGAAGCGUAUUGGCCUAUAUUGUGUGCGCUAGGCACUAUUGUGAAAUGGUAGCGAUUAGGAGACCGCAUAACCUUGCAUGCCAUCCUCAGUUUGAAUCCAUUCAUCUUUAAUACGGAGGCUUGGUGUGCACAUGUAAGCUACUAUAUACACUAUUCAUUUCCUUCAAUAUGAGUGUGGUUGUUUUAAUGUAGCAAUCGUUAGAGCAACAGUGACUUUAAGGAAAUGGGAAUGGGAACACUUGAAAUGAAUGUUCAUGAUAGAAGAGGGAGAUCAAAUUAAUAAGAAUGCCUAAACUGCUUUGUAGCCCUUUGGUCUUAGUGAGAAUUCUUUUUUGUUGGCUUUCUCUUGCCCUGUUAAUCCCUGGACGGGAAGUAGGUUUUUUUUUUGUCACAUACACUGGGUACGGAAAGUAUUCAGACCACCUUCAAUUUUUCACUCUUUGUUAUAUCGCAGCCAUUUGCUUAAAUCAUUUAAGUUCUUUUUUUUUUACCCUCAUUAAUGUACACACAGCACCCCAUAUUGACGGGGGGAAAAAAUCGUUUUUGAAAUUUUUGCAGAGUUACUAAAAAAGAAAAACUGCAAUAUCACACAGACAUAAGUAUUCAGACCCUUUGCUCGGUAUUUAGUCGAAGCAACUUUUUGAAUGAUUUUAGCAAAUAUAACAAAGAGUGAAUCAUUUAAGGCGGUCUGAAUACUUUCCGUACCCACUGUCUCUCUUCGACUGCCCCUUUCCUCAUUUGGAUGAUACUAUUUAAAUUAUUUGAGUAACUAUACAUAGAUAUUAUAGUUUAUAUAAAUGUAUACAUUUUGUUAUUUUUAUGAAACUGUCACCAAUAGUCAGUGUUUAUUGAAGAAAGUUUGGUGCUUUAAGUGCUAACUAAAAAUGUAUAAAGUUGCUCACAUAUAGUACAGUAUGUUAUCUUUUUUGUUUGUUUGUUUGUUUGCCAUUUCUAGGUGGAAUGGAAGGGAAACAUGCCUACUUUGCCUUUGAAAAAUAUGCAUGUUGGGUUAUUAAAGACUCGAAAUCACAGGUAUCAAACUCAAGUCCCGAGGACCAGAUUUGGCCCGACACAUCCUUUUAUGUAAGUCAUUAAAGCUAAUGAAGUGUGUCUUCUCAUGUUUCUUGCUAAAAGCAUCUGUACCAAAGGUGUGAUUUUGUUUUAUUUUACUUUAUCUGGUUUUACAAACAUUUUCACCAAACCCCUUCUUAACAUCGGACAAUAGUUCUUCUGUACUGUAUACAAAAGUAUCCGCUUGCCACUGUUUUACAUGUACAUACAGUACGGUAAUAACAAUCAAAUACAAUGGCAAUAGCGCAUACCGUAUGUACGUAAACAAAGUAAUGAGACAAUUUAAUUCAACCUACUACUAAUUGUUUGUAGAUCAAAACUUCCUUGAAGGUUGUUCUUUUCUUUUAGAAGUUUAAAGCCUGUCUUCUUUCUGUCAGUCAUUUUGGCAAGCAGAGAGCUGUGAUUUAAUUUCUCGCUUUGGAAGGGGAACGACCACUAAACAUUUUCAGAAGAUUUCUGAAUUGUUUUUGAAAUUAUUAGUAGGUUAUCGGUAAAUUUAAUUGGGCUCAUCACUUUUUGGCUGCCCAUUGUAAUAACAUGAUGUGGUGAUUAUACACUUAUAUGCUUUUUACAGUCAUAAUGGACUUCUACUAUUUGGCCGAUGCCGAAAAUGAGUUCGACACACCUGCGAAUUGAGUGUAAAUGGUUGUUGAAAUGUGCCCUUGGACUGGCUGGUGACCGGUCCAGAGUGGACCCCACCGCUCGCUCUUAAGACAGCUGGGAUAGGCUCCAGCUCACCCGCGGCCUGAAUGAGAACAAACACGAUAGAAAAUAGAUAGCUGGAACUAGUUGCCAAGAAAAUAUUAAGAAAAGACUGCAAUAUAUAAACAAAAUAUUUAAUGGGAAAUUCCCUUUUUGGUGUCAUACAGUAUUCAAAUACAAAUGUUCCCAAAAUGAUGCUAGGAGAAUAUAUAUAUAUAUACUACAUGGAACUUAGAUCUAUGUGUUGAGUUCAAAAGGAGCAACACAAAGUCGACAAUCCAAAAAUGUCAAGCUAUUAAUUACUUUGUAAGUUACACUGCAGGCCCUUAUUAAAAGAAAUGGUUCAUUUAAAGCAUGAAUUGCAGAGCCGCGUUGCUGUUAAGUGCGUAUUUGCGCUGUUUCUACUCAACAUUCACUUCUAGCAUAUCUAGUUUAGAUAGCGCUAAGCUGCAGCUUCUUCAGUGCUUUGCUUUCUUAUGCAAAUAUUAUUUUGAUUUAUUGCCUGCUUAGUCCAUAUUUAAUUUCCUCUAACCUUGUCAUAGCAGUGAUUAUUUUUUUCAAGGUUAAAUACGAAGUGUACCAGCUUUCUGUUUAAUUGUGAUUAUUUAUUUCUGGAUGUGGUGCAAAGGAGUUGAGCUGUUUUGAGUCAUGAAUAAAAUGUAUGAAUUACGAUCUGUGAUUGAAAACUUA